AUGGAGGCUCUUCUCGACUUCACGAGGGAGUUCGAUCCCCAGCUCCUUGACCAAGUCGUCCAGGCACUCUAUACUGGCGCUGGAGGGAAAGAUCAACAACUCGCACAACAAGUGCUCACGCAGUUCCAAGACAGCCCGGAUGCAUGGACGCGCGUUCCGGACAUCAUGGAGCGGUGCACAUUCCCGCAAACGAAGUUCAUCGGAUUGGCGAUCCUCGAGAAACUCAUCAACACGCGGUGGAAAACGUUGCCGGAAGCUCAGCGCCAAGGCGUCCGGAAUUUUGUCGUCGGGCUCACUGUGAAGGUCGCGUCCGAUGAGGCUACUCUUCGCAAAGAGAAGACCUACGUCGGCAAACUCAACUUGGCGCUGGUGCAGAUUCUCAAGCAGGAGUGGCCACAUAACUGGCCGACAUUCAUCCCCGAACUCGUGGAGUCCUGCAAGACGAACCUAUCUCUCUGCGAGAACAACAUGGUCAUUCUCCGUCUGCUCUCCGAAGAAGUCUUUGACUACUCUGCCGAGCAAAUGACGCAGUCAAAGAUCAAGAACCUCAAGAACCAAAUCAGCGGCGAGUUCUCCGAGAUCUUCAAGCUCUGCACGGAGAUUCUGGAGGAGGCGUCGAAGACAUCGCUCGUUAAGGCGACUUUGGAGACUCUGCUGCGCUUCUUGAACUGGAUCCCGCUAGGGUACAUCUUCGAGACCACCGUGGUCGACAUUCUUAUCACGCGGUUCCUUGAAGUACCAGACUUCCGAAACGUGACGCUCAAGUGCCUUGCGGAGUACGACCCCAAGUUUGUGGCGCUCUUCCAAGCGGUCAUGACGGCCGUGAACCGCAUGGUACCACCAAACACGAACAUUGCGCAAGCUUACGCCCACUCGAACGACGCUGGGCAGGAGUUCAUUCUCAACCUCGCUAUCUUCUUGUGCAACUUCCUGCAAAACCACUUGCGGACGGUCGAGACAGAGCAAACACAAGAUGUUCUGCUGAACGCGCACCUGUACAUGGUCAAGAUCUCGCAGGUGGACGAGCGCGAGAUCUUCAAGAUUUGCUUGGAGUACUGGAUCAAGCUGGUUGCAGAGCUGUACGACGAGAUCCAGAGCUUGCCAAUCGGCGACUCAGGAUUGCUCAUGGGGUUGAGUCUUGGUGGUUCGAACGGCGCGAUGCUCAAUGGAGUCUCCCUCCGGAAGAACAUCUACUCUGACGUUCUAUCGAACCUACGGCUUGUCGUCAUCGAGAAGAUGGUCAAGCCCGAAGAGGUUCUCAUUGUCGAGAACGACGAGGGCGAGAUUGUGCGCGAGUUCAUGAAGGAGUCCGACACCAUCGUGCUCUACAAGUCGAUGCGCGAGUUGCUGGUCUACCUUACGCACUUGGACGUCAUGGACACGGAGACAAUCCUGUCCGAGAAGCUUGCCAAGCAGGUGGACGGCUCCGAGUGGUCGUGGAAUAACCUUAACACGUUGUGCUGGGCCAUUGGUUCUAUCUCAGGAGCAAUGAACGAGGAUAACGAGAAGCGCUUCCUAGUCAUCGUCAUCAAGGACCUCCUCGGCUUGUGCGAGAUCAAGCGCGGCAAAGACAACAAAGCCGUCGUCGCGUCGGACAUCAUGUACAUCGUCGGACAGUACCCUCGCUUCCUCAAGGCACACUGGAAGUUCUUGAAGACGGUUGUCAACAAGCUCUUCGAGUUCAUGCACGAAACCCAUGAGGGUGUGCAGGAUAUGGCGUGCGAUACGUUCAUCAAGAUCGCACAGAAGUGUCGGCGACACUUCGUCAUGCAGCAAAGUCAAGAGGCGGAGCCCUUCGUUGACGAGAUUCUGCGCUCGCUCCAUCGAAUCACCAUCGACCUUUCGCCUCAGCAGAUCCAUACGUUCUACGAGGCGGUUGGAUAUAUGAUCUCCGCGCAGCCCAAUAAGCCUCAGCAGGAGAAGCUCAUCGCCAAGCUCAUGGAGAUGCCCAACAACGCAUGGGAGUCCCUGAUCCAGCAAGCAGGCCAGAACGCCAGCGAGACACUCGAAAACCCGGAUAACCUGCGCAUCCUGGCCAAUGUUUUGAAGACCAACGUCGCCGCCUGCACGUCCAUUGGCAGCUUCUUCACGCCGCAGAUUGCACUCAUCUACGUGGAUAUGCUCGGACUGUACCGCCUCGUUAGCGGCAUCAUCAGCGAGACCGUGCAAAAAGAUGGAUUGAUCGCCACCAAGACGCCUAAAGUCCGCCACCUGCGCACUGUCAAGAAGGAGAUUCUGCGCCUCGUCGAGACGUACAUUCGCAAAGCCGAGGAACUUGAGACGCUUUCGCGCGACAUGGUUCCCAUGUUGCUCGAGACGAUCCUUCUCGACUACUCCAGCAACGUCCCGGAUGCGCGCGACGCCGAGGUUUUGAAUGUCAUGACCACCAUCACCUCUCGUCUAGGGAACCUGCUUACGCCUCAAGUGCCGGCGAUUCUGGAUGCCGUGUUUGAGCCGACGCUCAACAUGAUCAAUCAGGACUUCUCUGAGUUCCCGGAACACCGCGUCGGUUUCUUCAAGCUCUUACGGGCUAUCAACCUCAACUGUUUCCCCGCGUUACUCGCUCUACCGCCGGCACAGUUCAAGUUGUUCAUGGACAGCAUCGUAUGGGCAAUCAAGCACGUAACGCGUGAUAUCGCCGACAUCGGUCUCAACUUGUCUCUCGAGAUCAUCAACAACUUCGCCAACGCCGACCCGGCCGUCGCCAAUAGCUUCUUCCAGCAGUACUACUUGGCCGUGCUGCAGGACACGUUCUUCGUCCUUACGGACGCCGACCACAAGUCUGGUUUCAAGCUCCAAGCGCUUCUGCUUGCGCGCAUGGUACAACUUGUCGCGACGGACCAGAUCAAAGCGCCGUUAUUCGAUCCAGGCGUUAUCACAGACGCGAACAUGACGAACGCUGCAUUCAUCCGGGAUUACACCGCGAACCUACUCAGGAGCGCUUUCCCUCACGCCGCAACGCAUGAUAUCAUGACGUUCACCGUCAACCUCUUUGAGUUCCACAGCGACGUGAACCGCUUCAAGCUGGCCCUACGUGACUUCCUGAUCCAGCUCAAAGAGUUCUCGGACGAUACCGCGGAGCUGUUCCGCGACGAGAAGGAGGCGGAGCAGGCGGCCAAGGCCCAAGCCGAGCGCGAGCAGGCGAUGCGCAUCCCCGGCAUGCUCAAACCUGAUCAGCUGGAGGACAAGGAUGAGGACAUCUAG